UAUCCGAUCCUCUUUAAACCAAGUAACCGCCUGGGUCUCCAGCUCCUGGAGGCUCAGAGUAAAGUGGAUGGAGUUCGCAGCGGCAGCUGGCUGAACUCAAGGGCCGGUGGGAGGGGUCCCGGAGGCGCACCGCGGCCAUGACGCAGGCUAGAUCAUUCACAAAAAUUUCUGUUUCAUUCGAUCUGCAGUCGCAACUUGAUUCCAGACGCCUCUCUCCUCUGGCCGGGUGGUGAGCUGAUGGCCCAAGUUCGAGAAGCUUCCUUGCCAUUAGGCUCUUUAGUCCGCUGUAGCUCCGGAGAUGGGGGAGGAGCCUCACCAGAAGAGGUGGCUGAAAAGGCGGGGGAAAUGGAAGAGGAGGAGCUGGGGGCUGCAAAGGCGUAUUCCGGCCCGGGAGCUGAUGAAAUGAAGCUGGAGCCAUCACAAGAGCAUAAGCCAGCACCUGAGGAGAACUUCACGUGGAGCGGCAGCUGCAGCGACGAGAAGGUGCUCCCUUCAAACCCCCUUCGUUGUUACAGCAGCUCCUUGACCCUCUGCCCUCGCCGCAAGCCCCGCCCUCGGCCCCAGCCGGGGACCCACUUCCUAGGCCCGCCCAAGCCCUGGGCCCCACCCCCGCCUCCCUCCCGUCCUCCCCCUCCUCCGCCACCCAGGCCUAGGCCCCCUCCCAGGCCUUGGCGCAGAUCUCGGCGUAGAUCCGGGCCCAGGUACAGGCCCCAGACUCCGCGAAGCUGUUCCAGUGACCUAGGCGGCUCUGGGGAUCCAGAUAGCUUAGGGGACUGGUUGCUGGAGGUGGAGUUUGAUCAGCAGGGUCCCACAGGCUGUUCUCAUGUGGAGAGCUUUAAAGUAGCUAAGAAUUGGCAGAAGAACCUACGGUUGAUCUACCAGCGUUUCAUUUGGAGUGGGACCCCGGAGACUAGGAAACGUAAGGCAAAAUCGUGCAUCUGUCAUGUAUGUAGCACCCAUAUGAACAGACUCCACUCUUGUCUCUCCUGUGUCUUUUUUGGCUGUUUUACUGAGAAACAUAUUCACAAACAUGCAGAAACCAAACAGCACAAUUUAGCUGUAGACGUCUAUCAUGGGGUUAUAUAUUGCUUUAUAUGUAAAGAUUAUGUAUAUGACAAAGAUAUAGAACAGAUUGCCAAAGAAACAAAAGAUAAAGUUUCGAAAUUAUUAACUUCCACCUCAUCAGAUGUCUCUCAACAACAGUGUAUGACAUCAGGUGUUGAAGAGAAGCAAUUAACUUGUGAAUCAAAAGAACAGGAGCCAAAAUUGGUGAAACCCAAGAAAAAGAGGAGAAAAAAGUCAGUCUAUACUGUAGGCCUGAGAGGGUUAAUCAAUCUUGGGAACACCUGUUUUAUGAAUUGUAUUGUCCAGGCACUUACCCAUAUUCCUCUACUGAAAGAUUUCUUCCUCUCUGACAAGCACAAAUGUAUAAUGACAAGUCCCAGCUUGUGUCUUGUCUGUGAAAUGUCUUCACUUUUUCACGCUAUGUACUCUGGGAACCGAACACCUCACAUUCCCUAUAAGUUACUGCACCUGAUAUGGAUUCAUGCAGAACACUUAGCAGGGUAUAGGCAGCAGGAUGCCCAUGAGUUCCUCAUUGCAAUAUUAGAUGUGUUGCAUAGACACAGCAAAGAAGAUAGUGUUGGGCAGGAGGCCAGUAACCCCAAUUGCUGUAACUGCAUCAUAGACCACAUCUUUACAGGUGGCUUGCAGUCAGAUGUCACAUGUCAGGUUUGCCAUACCGUCUCCACUACAAUAGACCCAUGCUGGGACAUCAGUUUGGACUUGCCUGGCUCUUGUGCCACAUUCAGUUCCCAGAAUCCAGAGAGGGCUGAUGGCACAGUGAGUAGGGAUGAGAACAUACCAGGAAACCCCUCACUCACAGACUGCUUACAGUGGUUUACAAGGCGAGAACAUCUAGGGAGCAGUGCCAAAAUCAAAUGCAGUAGUUGCCAAAGCUACCAGGAAUCUACCAAACAGCUCACCAUGAAGAAAUUACCCAUUGUGGCCUGUUUUCAUAUCAAGCGAUUUGAACAUGUAGGCAAACAGAGGCGAAAGAUUAAUACUUUUAUCUCCUUUCCCUUGGAACUGGACAUGACUCCAUUUUUGUCUUCUACUAAAGAAAGCAAAAUGAAAGAAAGGCAGCCACAAACAGAUUAUGCACCCAUUGAGAAUAAGUAUUCCUUAUUCGCAGUGAUUAAUCACCAUGGAACUUUGGAAAGUGGACACUACACCAGCUUUAUCCGGCAACAAAAGGACCAGUGGUUCAGCUGUGAUGAUGCUGUCAUCACGAAGGCUACCAUUGAGGACCUUCUCUACAGUGAAGGGUAUUUACUCUUCUAUCACAAACAGGGUCUAGAGAAAGACUAGUCUUACCAGACCAUUUACCAGAAAAAAAGUAAAAGAAAUUAGCAGACAAGGAUUGGAUGCUAAAGUGACACAAAAACCUACCUGGAAUGGACAAUGACAGUACCUGUACAAUAAAGAACACCUCUUGAAGUAUCACAAAAACCUACCUGGAAUGGACAAUGACAACAUCCCCUACAUGACAAUUAUCAUCUUGAUAUAAGGAACCUAUGGGUCUGUAAGAGGAAAGAAAAAAAGAAUACGAACCAUUCAACCUUAAAUGGGAGGAGGGAGAAGAGGCUGAAAAUGGUCACAUAAAGCAUAAUUAAAUGAAAGGAAUAUUUUAAGUGGGGAGAGUGGGGAUAGAGAUGUUCUGGCACUACUAUAUGUGAUUUGUCUCUAUGAAAAUACUGUGGGAAGUCAGGUACUAUUCCUUCCUCAGCAAAAUGCUUCACAAUUGGUGUUCCAUCUGUGACC